AUGGACGUUGAAGGCGGUGAGAACGCCAACGGAGACGGUGCACUUCCCAUUAAGAACAGCUCGAUCCUCGCAAUUGCUUCAGAGGAAUGUGUUCGUCUUCGAGCAGUCACGUUGACCACUGAGCACCAUGAAGGUAUCAAGACGGAACAACUUCCUCGUCCUGAUGAACGUUCUCUGCCUGAAGACUGGACCCUCCCAGGGCUCCGAUGGACCGACAAGCUGUUUCCUCCGGAGUGGUUCCAUGGCAACGAGGUUGAUGACGAUGAGAAAACAUUCGAGCUACCUCUCAUGACUAGCCAUAGGAAAGAGCGGAUCCUCUGGCUAAGCCAGAGUCUGUUAGCGCAAUCACCAUUUCGCAUUGGAAAAACUCGCCAUGAAAGGCUUCGAGAUUACUCAGUUGCUUCCAACAAAUAUUAUAUCGAUGGAAGUGUGGCCAGUCUACCUGUAGAAGCAUUCCCUGACAGCGGCGCAGGCGCGUGCUUCAUAUCACCCGAGAUGGCGUCGAACCUAAGCCUUAGUCUGACACCCAACACGCGAAAAACGUUCUACCUUGCAAACAACAAGCCAUCACAAUCACCCGGUAUGGUUCAGGUCCCGUGGAUGUUUGCCGGAGAAGACGAGCAGCACUCAUUGAAUUGCUGGAUUCUACCGGGCUGCAUUCACGACAUUGUGCUGGGGAAUCAUUUUCUCAAUUUGACUAAAACAUUGACGAAGUUCAUGCACCGAGUCAAAUGCAAGCUUUCACUCUCAGAAAGGCCGCGACUAAGGCUCAUUGGCAAACAAAUACAACGUCUCACGGGAUAUUUGAAUGGCGAAAUGGCGUUAGCGAUUCCAGACACUGGUUCGGAUCUUAUGUGUAUGUCGGGCUCCUACGCUCGGAGCAUGGGUCUCUCGAUUGACGACAACGUGGACAACUUGCUCGAGGUUGAACUAGCAGAUGGAAGUGUCUGUAUAACCAGUGGUGUUGUACGGAACCUAUCGUGGGCUGUUGGCGACAAGGCAAUCCUAUGCGACUUCUACGUACUCGAAGAUCUCUGCGCAGACGUAGUCCUGGGCAAGGAUUAUCUUUUCGACUUGGGCGUAUUCUCCAAUUGCUCGGAUUCAUUUAUCGAUAUCGACUUGACGGAAGAUAUUGUUCACUUCUGUGGCGUUCAUCUCAUUGGCAAACAUAGUAGCGCGCUGAAUAUCCUCGAGGAAGAGUACCUGGCAGACCGUGAGUGA